CGUCGUGCUAUCGGCGAGGAUUUAUCCGAGGACAGUCAGUCAUUUGUUGACGAUCGAGACGAGCAGAAGUGAACAACGAGCCAUCCAGAAGAUUGCGACAAUAUUAAUUUUUGACACGGCAGGAUGGCAUACGUGUGCAUCGAAGAUUACGAGAAGCAUGCUCUGGAACGUUUGCCUGCUUCCGUGAGGGACUACUACAAGAGCGGUGCAGGAGAAGAGUAUAGCGUAAAAUGGAAUAGGGAGGCUUUCAAAAAUUACAGAAUACGUCCUAGAUUCUUGCGAGACGUGUCCAAAAGGGACAUAAGCACGACGGUGUUGGGUCACAAAGUUUCAAUGCCCUUGGGAGUCGCACCUACCGCGAUGCAGCGUAUGGCACAUCCCGAUGGAGAAUGCGCCAAUGCAAGGGCUGCUCAAGCGGCGGGAACGAUCUUCAUUCUCUCGACGAUAGCCACGAGCAGCAUAGAGGAAGUGGCAGAAGCUGCGCCGAAGGGUAUAAAGUGGUUCCAGCUCUAUAUUUAUAAUGACAGAAAUGUUACCUUAAAUUUGAUAAAACGCGCCGAACGUGCUGGCUUCAAAGCGCUGGUUCUCACCGUCGACGCGCCAUUUUUCGGUGAUAGACGCCCCGAUUUGAGAAAUAAAUUCUCGUUGCCCAGUCACUUGAGAUUCGCAAAUUUCGAAGAUGAUUUAUCGAGGCGAAUAAAUACCGCGAAGACCGGUUCUGGUCUUAAUGAAUACGUCAACGCACUGUUCGAUGCAUCUAUAUCCUGGGACGACGUUAAGUGGCUCAAAAGAAUUACAACGCUACCGAUAAUUCUUAAAGGAAUAUUGACGGUAGAGGAUGCACGCUUAGCUGUGGAAAAUGGGGCUGACGGUAUCAUAGUAUCGAAUCACGGUGCGCGUCAAAUUGACAGUGUUCCAGCAACGAUCGAAGUUUUACCUGAAAUAAGCAAAGCCGUGGGUGACAAGGUCGAAAUAUAUAUGGACAGUGGGGUGACGCAAGGUGUCGACGUGUUCAAAGCUUUGGCAUUGGGGGCAAAAAUGGUAUUUUUUGGCAGACCGAUGCUAUGGGGCUUAGUACAUGGUGGUGAGAAAGGUGCUAGGGAGAUUCUUGAACUCAUGAGAAGAGAAAUUGAUCUAGCAUUUGCAUUAAGUGGUUGCACGUCCGUGAAAGAUGUUACACAAGAUAUGGUGGUUCAUGCAUCUUAUUAUAGUCAUCUAUGAAAAUAAAUCGAUUUCAUAUCA